CACCUGCUUUCCCCUUCGAUUAUUUUAUCGCCCUUUAAAAUUUUACUCACUCCUCGAAACAUCUUGGGGAUCUGGGCAACUAAGGUGCUCUCCUGGUGAGUUGUGAAUUGCUGCGAAUGCAGAUAGAUGUCGAGCUUGCUUCGGCGUAUUUAAAAGGAGCACCAGGAGUGCUGCUUUUGCUGACGCACGCCCCACUCGUGUUCCCGCCUGGUGCCCCCCUCCCCCAGGUCAACUCCAAGCUGACGAUGAGAAUCAUCCUCCAUUCUGUGUUACAUACCUUCUUGUUCUUUGGAGCAUUGCAUGCAAGCUCCUCUUCCUGCUUACCUGAGCAUCGCAGUCUUUGGACUCGCCCUUUGCUCUCCGUUUCCGAGCCUGUCCUGGUGAGCGCCCGAGCUCUAGGCAGUUGCGAGCCAACGUCGAACCCUUGGUCCAGUUCAUGAGAAACCGGAACCCCGAACCACAAAAAUAAUCGAAUACAAGCACAUCCAGUGAGCUUCAGCCGAACCCAGCACCACCAACCCUCGA